GCCCACAGUGUUUGCCUCCGACCAUGCAAACCCAGCAAGGCCCUCCGAUUGCAGCUACAUCCAAGUUCCAACUAUCUAUUCCAUUUACUUUGCAGCAAGUAUCCCCAGCACUUGCGGCCCUUCACGCAUCUAGAACUCGCAUUUUGCAUUACCCGGACCCCGCUGGGGAUGUUCUCGCCACUACACAUUGCAUAAAAUGCGGAUCCUUCCUGCUAGAUGGUACUGGAAAUAUUCGUACGGUGGGGCCAGAUAGUCACAAGCGCAAGAGAAGGAAACUUUAUAGUAGUGCAGCUCACACGCUGCGCAGAUCGUGUGGGACAUGCGGUUAUAACGACGAUGUGUUGCUUGAGAAGGGGAAUCCAUUGAUGUUCCAACGCGUCGGGAAAAGGCACAAACAGUCUUCUGAACGCUCCGCAAUGCCUUUCCCUGCUUCAAGCAGAGCAUGUACCCAAUCACAGGUUACCUCGCAGCCAGAGUCAAGGGAACAUACUCCGCAAGGGCACACUAAGACGCAACAAUCUCCGGUACCUGAAAAGCGUUCUUCACACGCACCGUCACCUGCACCCUCGCCCUCGCCCUUGCCCAAUGCCUCUCGAUCGCGUUCUCAAACUCCGUUGCUCUCAAUCGAUACAUCUGUGGCACGUUCCAAAGUUCGAUCCAAGAAGAAAAGUGGACUUCAGGAUAUGUUGGCGCGCAACCGUGAACGUCAGGAGCAGGAAAAGAAGAAGCAAACCUCAAGCUUAUCUGGCUUUCUCGAAGGUUCGUAGGUCUCCGAGACGUUGCAUUCCGUAUAUUAUGCUGCAAUUCAAUUACCAUGCCUGCGCUCUCAUAUCGCUCUCACAUGGGCUCAGCAUGCGCAUGUUUAUGAUCGGCUUCACAUCUUUAGCAGAUACAAGUUGGCUGCAGAGAUCUUCAGACCAUUCAAAAAUGUUAGAAUGGGCCUACGACAGAGCUAUCUCGAUCCGUUUGACAAUAGGUUUCCUGGCUGUCCGCCUUCGGAGAGCACUAUGGUACCCUGUUCCUGAACGAAGUUCGAUUUGCAUGCUACAAGAGUAAUGCAUAAUGCCAGGUGGUAUCCAGCUUGACAUCAUAAUAUCCGCUCUAGUACAACAAAAUAUGCACUUGAUUACAGUAGUUCCCACUUGUUCUGAUUGGUAAGACCUCCACAAAUCAUUUAGAAGAGAAAGCAUGUCAAAUUCCAUUACGAAACGUUCCGACGAAUACUACAUAUACAACUAC